AUAAAAAUUUGAUGGCCGUAUGUGGCUAGGUUUAGCGCAUUAGCGGUGUUGUAGGUGUUGGGUAAACUGCUGCCCGAGUUUGUAGAAAUUUACGUGUGAAUCUUCAUGGUUUCCGCAAGAAAAACACGGAAGAAAAGUGCUGCGUUAGUGAAAAGGUGUUGUCUGUGCUGUGAAAAAAGUCUGAAGAGGUUCACGAAAGACGCGGGUCGGGGCACAACGCAGGGCUGGUGACAGCCCCCAGGCCUGAGAAGAUGGCAGCUGGUCGUGGGCCUGGAGCAGUUUGUGCCCCAGCUGAGCAGCCAGGACACCAAGAAGCGGCUGCAGCUGGGUGCCACCCUGCUCUCUUACCUGGAGGAUCCACUCAAUCUCGUCGACUGCACCGAAAUGGGAGCCGUCAUCGACGGUCUCGUUGCUUGGCUCAACAGCAGUAACUCAAAGGUGGCACAGAAUGGCCUGGAGAUACUUUCAAUCCUGGCAGAAAGACUCAAGGAUGACUUCCGGCCCUACAUCUCAACAGUUAUUUCGGCAGCCAUAGACAGAAUGGGUGACAGCAAAGAUUCUGUGCGGGAGCAGGCAAAGUUUUUCACCAUGAAGCUGAUGACGGUGUCAUCUCCUCAGUACAUUCUUGAAAAGAUGAUGCCAGCAUUCAGCCAUAAAAACUUUCGGAUACGAGAAGAAGUGUUAUUGUGCCUCCAGGACACUCUAAAUGCGUAUGGCCCCCAGCACCUGUCAUUAAUGAAGUUCAUGCCGCUAAUUGCCAAGCUACUUGGGGACCCCAAUUCACAGGUGCGUGACACGGCAUUUCAGACGUUUGUGAUCAUCUACACGCACGUUGGCGAGCGGGUACGAUUGGACCUGGGAAAGAAGUAUGGCAUUCCACCUGCCAAGCUGCAAGCACUGUUCAACAAGUUCGACGAAGUGAAGAGCUCUGGGCAGCUUCUACCAACCGCAACACUCGACCUCGCUCACAGAGGUGACGAUGAGCUUGAUAGGGCAGUGCAUUCCGACAUCAAUGAUGCGGAAGCGAGUUUAGGGAAGGCUUCGAAAAGGGCCAGCAGCGCACCUCCAAACCGACGGGCAGUGUUGGCAACACCCAUCAAGCCUGCACAGCAGCCCUCAACAGCCACUACUCCUGCCACACUCACCAGAAAGCAUAGCUUGAAAGGCGCUCCUCCUGUUAAGGCCGCUGUAUCAGCGAAUGCAGGAGCUGUAGAUGAAGAGAUGUUCAUCAGAGCAUUUGAAGAUGUUCCAAAAACACAGCUUUACUCAGCGAAGGAACUGGAACAUGAACUUACGAAGAUCAGGCAGGUUCUGUCUGAUACAAAUACUGACUGGGAGAGAAGAGUGGACGUGCUGCGGCACCUUCGCAGCCUACUGAUAGCAGGUGCUGCGGACUAUGAGGAGCUCUUCACCAGUUUGAGGCUCUUGGAGCCUUCAUUCCAGGUUCUGGUUAGGGACUUAAGGUCACAAGUGGUCAGGGAGGCCUGCAUCACUAUCGCUUAUUUAUCCCAGCAAUUGGGUCAUAAACUCGACCAUUUCUCCGAAGCAGUACUUCCAGCGCUCAUAAACUUAAUCCCCAAUAGUGCCAAGAUUAUGUCCACGUCCGGCAUUGUCACAGUGAGGUUCAUCAUUCAGCACACUCAUGUUAGUCGGCUGAUACCAGUGAUUACAAUGAACUUAAGUUCAAAGUCCAAGGACAUCAGAAGGUCGUGCUUUGAGUUCCUUGACCAGUUGCUGCACACAUGGCCUACGCACACCCUGGAAAGGCACAUCGCUAUCCUACAGGAGGCCAUCAAGAAGGGAAUCAGCGAUGCCGACCCGGAAGCCCGUGCCUUUUCACGCAAGGCCUUUUGGGGCUUUGCGGACCACUUCAAGGAGCAGGCGGAUGUGCUGCUCAACUCGCUGGACAGUAGCAAGCAGCGCAUGUUGCAGGGCGAGCUGUGCAUGAGCAACUCCUCAAGCAGCAACUCGCUCAACAGCGCACAAGGCCGGCCCCUGAAGCACUCAGUGUCCAGCCAUGGAUCCAUGGAGAACCUCAGGCCUGGGAGUGGAAGCGCAACUCUGGGGCGGAGGUCUGGUGUGCCAGUCUACAACAACACCAGGAGUGCCUCCGUUCGAUCCAAUAGCGCCAUUGACUUGGGGGCAGCGAGAAGGGCACGAGCGCGUGCCUUCACCACAGCACAAAACAGAGGCACAGGAGCGUCGCUGCCUCGUCCAGGAACAAAACGAGCUGACACCGUGUCAAGCACGAUAGCAUCGCCUGAACGAAUUAGUCGAAGUCGGACGAAGGGUGUUUCCCAGUCACAGCCAAGCAGCAGGUCCGGCUCUCCCACCUCUCGGCUGAGCUAUGCUACAUACUCGUCUACACACACGGAUGGCACGGGACGGGUGCGCCGAAAAUCUGGCAUUCCCACGCCAGUGGGCACAAGCCGCGAGGCAAGCCCUACGCGGCCCACUGCAACAACCCCUGGUAUGACUGGAAUGUACGAGCGUCGCCUCAGUGGAAGUACAAGGCGCCCUUUUGGUGGUGCUGGCGACCGGUAUCACCCGACAACCAUCACAACUGGUGCUCCAUUGAUGGCUCAGCAGAUACUGCAACAGAGUAAAGAGGCCGAGGCUGCUGUGGCAGAUGCCUUGGAAUGUUGGAACACGCCUCCGAGGAAGAACCGGUACAAUGCCUUCGACGAUCAGUCGGAUGAGAGCGAAACGUCCAGUGUCUGCUCGGACCGCUCGUUCAGUUCCUACAACAGAGGUGGUUAUGAGGGCCACAUCCCAGUGCAAGACGUGCCGACCAUUUUGAAGCAUCUAUCCAGCAUCCACUGGUCAGACCGCAAAGAGGGCUUGCUGGGCCUGCUGUCAGUGCUGCGGUCGGGGCGCACCCUCUCUCUGCCUGACCUCAAGAAGGUCACCGACAUGUUCACCAAGAUGUUCAUGGACCCUCACACCAAGGUGUUCACACUCUUCUUGGAGGCCUUGGGGGAGCUGAUCCACGUCCACAGUGCAGACUUGCACAGCUGGUUGUACGUUUUGCUUACCCGUCUCUUCAUCAAGACGGGAACAGACCUCUUGAGCUCACUACAAAUGAAGAUUCAGAAGAUCCUCUCCAUAAUUCGAGACUGUUUUCCACAUGGCGACCAAUUUCAAGCAGUAGUGAGGUACAUCACUGAUCCAACGCAGACUCCAAACAUCAAGGUCAAGAUCACAAUUCUACGGUAUCUGAUGUCUCUGCUCCAAGCGAUGGACUCUGGGGACUUGCUGGUCAACACUCCAGAGACUCACUCUAUGGUUGCCAAGAUAUUUGCCUGGAUACGUGAUCAGAAGAGUCCUGAACUUAAGAGGCAUGCCCAGGAGGUUAUCGUGUCCAUAUUCAAGCUGAGGCCAGCAGAAAUUAAUGGAUUACUCAGCAGACUUGACCCUGACAACCAGGCUCUUGCAAUGGGCCUGAUUCAGUCCUACAUGCGUGGUCGUACUGAUGACAGUGAGCUGCGAACGCCUAGCCCCAUCACGGCGCAUGUCCAUUCUCCCAUCAGCAGUACGCCAAACAGAGGCAGCCGGAGCAGCGGGAGCCGAUCAAGCACGCCACUGCAGCGUUCUCUGGAGGAAGAGGAGGACAACACCGAGAACCUGAACCCGGACGAGCUGUACAGCUCACUGCUGCGCCGCACCACGGCCCAGAUCCACCGGCUGGCGUUGGACCCGGGCCGGGGUAUGGACUCGACGGACUCCACCCUGACGCCCACUUCCCGGGGCGCGGAGCUGCUGCUGCCUCCUUUGGGAGGCGGAAGCUUCAGGCAGCGGCUGGCACCCCAGAACUGGGAAGAGUCGUGCACCUUCACGCAGCAGCAGCGCCUGACCGGCAGCCGGGAGGCCUCGCCCGUCAAGCGCAUGGCCAGCUGGGAAUACGAUGGUGAAACUGGUAUGCAUCGGAUCAGGCGAACGUCACUCGAUGGUGGUGUCGGCAAAAGCGAACAAGACACCCUGAAUAACAUCUUCGCCAUCCUGCAAAACCCAAACAGCAGGACAGAGCAUCGCAAGCAGGCCUUGUCUGAGCUCAUGCCCCUCACCAAGGACGGUUCACCAGAACUGUGGGACGAGAAUUUCAGGAAUGUACUAAGGUGCCUUGUGGAAAACCUUGAAGAACAAGUGGUGCCUGUAAAAGUGGCUGCCCUAAGAGCCUUGGCUGAACUAUUGAAGAGGCAGCCACAACACUUCCACAAUUAUGCUGAGCUGACCUUGAUUAAGAUCUUCGGAACCUUCAAACAAUCCGAAAGAGAGGUGAGCCGCGCCGCUGAGCUGUGUUCCAUGGAGGCUGCUGCGGCGCUACCUCCGGAGCAAACCAUGCGGCUCUUGCACUCGCUCAUCGGGGAGUCGGAUGAGCAAGAAUUAGUCAUCGCUGCUAUCAAGGUCAUGUCUCGACUUGUGGAGGUGCAUCCAAAAAGGAUAAUAGUGGAACUUCUGCCUCAGAUGAUGCCGGUUUUGCUGAAGGCAUACGAUCACAAUGAGAGUUCUGUUCGGAAGGCGGCAGUAUUUUGUAUGGUGACGCUGCAUGGCGUAGUUGGCUCUGAUUUGAUGAAGCCACAUUUGGCUUCCCUUACGGGAUGCAAGUUGAAACUACUCAACUUGUAUAUUCAACGAGCGCAAGGCAACAGCAGCGGAAGCACACCUGGCUCCCCUUCAAACACGGCAUCGUCUUCCUCCAGUAACCCCUGAACUGGAAGUGCCGUGCGAGCAGCAACUCAAGAAGAAUGAACGAAUGCUUCCCUACGGGCUGUCACCAUUGCUAAGCUGCUUUAUUGCCAAUAACUGUGGCCCCAUGCCGAGCUUUAGCUGUCAAAGCAACUCAAAGAUGAACUUAGUCUGCAUGUUCCAUGUGCUUUUUUUUUUUUUUUAAAGUGUGGGACUACAGCACGUGAUUACUGCAAAGAGUAUGUCUUGAGGUUUUUUUCAUUACAUACCUGCGAGAUGGAGCAGUGCUCCCCUUUCAGGUGAACAAGUUGGUUGCUUUCAGGGACUCUGUAUUUUUUUUCCGAUGAAUUGUGCAUUUGUACACAUGUAUUUCGACGUCACAUUACUUUCGCCAAGAGUCGGCUAGCUUCCGGCAGUGCGGAUUAGUUGCGCAAGCAAGUUGCUGCGAUGCGAGAUUCGAUUACUGAGGGCUAGGCAUGCCCUCAACUUAUGAAUUAUUGCGCGAGACGCUCGCACACAAAAUGUGGUUCAGGCCAGUUGGACUUAACGCUCAUCCACGAACCACGCUAGCGAGCGAGAGAGUGACUGCUUCACGAGUGAUGCUGCUACACCUACUUUUGUCCCAUUAGGCAAGCUUUUGUAAUAUUGGACGGCGUCGUGCAGGACUGCCACAGUGCAGGGGCCGAAAUAAAUAACAUUGUGUUCAUGACGAUCAUGUUACUACAAGUAGCCUGGUGUGCCAGGCCUCUUCCUAGCGCACCUUUUCUUGCAACAACACGUGGUGUUGUUAGCACAGCCGCUGUGCUAUCCCCUUUUUUUUUUUCCUUUUCAUGGUAGUUCUACAAGGGAAUUGUGUGGCCACUGCUGCGUAGUGUUUUACUAGUUCUGUGCCAGUAACCUAGUGCCUGUGGCUGAGUGCUGAUGCUGGUACCAUACAUUCAGUCUACAGGAUGCCCCAUGCAACAUUGACAAUGCUUUGCAAGUUUGCUCGCUCUCAUAUUGCUGUUAUGAAAGCGUGAAAUUUCACACUGGUAGCGUGCGUUAGCUCUUGCAACAACUUCUGUGAAAAGACUUUGCGAUCAAUUAUUGUUUAACUUAUUUUCUUUCCGGUGUUUGAAUGUGGGUAGUUUUUCCUUUCAUAAACUUUGUUGAUGUUGCGUGGGACACCCCGUAAAUAUAUAUAUAUAUGUACACAGGUGGAGUGUGAUGCGAUUAGUAAUGCUGAGCCGUCUAACAUGCUGCUUUUCUCGUGUUGAAAUAGAAACAUUGCCAAAACUCUUGUAACUUUCUGAGCUGCUGCUUUGGUCAUUGUAUAUUAGUUGUCUCUUUUUCCUUGUUGCUGCCUGCUGCCAAUGGACACUGAGAGGCAGGUGAAAGAAUGAUGCCAUUUUUGUGGCCUGUGUGUGUGAUUGUGCAGAGUGUUUUCUACAAAAAAUGAGUUAGGUUUUGGCACCUUGCCACUCUGCCAUACAAUGUAGUGCCGUAGCCCUUUUCCUUCUUUUGUUCUUUUCUGUUGAGUGCUCGAAGAUGCUGUAAUAGAAAAAAAGAGGCAAAAAAAAAGUUUGCUCUCACACUUGAAGGCCGCCGCUUUAGCGUGCAUUUAGCGAGGUUGCAUCUGUGUAAAAGGAACUAACAUUUGUAAUUGAGGACAAUUGCUGCUGGCAGUUGAAGGCAUUCAUAUUAUGUAACUUGCACAAUGCUGCUUAAGAUGCUUGAGUGAACUAUUUAUAUUGUAGUGCCAGUACUUUUUUUUUUCUCUCGCAUGCUUUGUCAUUUUCAUUUAGAGAGGAUCAAAAAGAAAAGCCUUUCAUUUGCAAAGGUAUUACUUGUAUAGUGUACAUUCCCAUACAAACCCAUGCUCUUUCUUAUUUUUUUUUUCUUCUACACAGUGGUUAGCACUUCACUGUCUGCAACAACACUUUGAAAGGCAUGUCCUAACAUCUGUUCCCCCCAUUAAGUAAAACCCUUAUGCUUUUAAGAUUUUAUUCUGAAAUGACAAGUCAGGAAUAAACAUUUUUACUGUCUUGA